AUGAUGUGGCAGUGCCAGCUGUCUCAGCCGGACUGCCGCUGCUACCGCGUGGACGGCUACUCCCUACUGAAGCGUUUGCCCCUCCACCCCCUCAUAGGUCCCCGCUGCCCGAUGCAGUCCGUGGGUCAAUGGCUCGACUCCAUCGGCCUGGUCCAGUAUGAGAACCACCUGCUGGCCAAUGGAUUUGACAACGUCCAGUUCAUGGGCAGCAAUGUGGUGGAGGACCAGGACCUGCUGGAAAUUGGGAUUCUCAACUCAGCCCACAGACAACGCCUCCUGCAGGCAAUACGGCUGCUGCCUAGGGUGCGGCCUGUCGGUUAUGAUGGCAACAACCCCACGUCGGUGGCAGAGUGGUUGGAGUCACUGGAGCUCGGUGACUACACCAAGUCCUUCCUCAUCAAUGGUUACACCUCCAUGGAGCUGGUCAAGAAGAUCUGGGAGAUUGAACUCAUUAACGUAUUGAAGAUCAGUCUUAUUGGACACAGAAAACGGAUCCUGGCCUCGUUGGGGGACCGGCUACACGAAGACACCCCACAAAAACCUCCACGGGCCAUCUCCCUACGGGAGCCCGGUGGGAACCACACUCCUCCCCAGCUCAGCCCGUCGGUCGGCCAAGCAGCGUACACGGCGGGGGUCCCGGGUGGAUCUCUGGACGUGCAGCACCUCAUCAUGCAGGCGGACGCCCGGCGCAGGCAGCGCAGCAAUGACAACUACUUCGAGGACGUGCCGCGAUCCAAGCUGGAGCGACAGAUGGCCCAAGUCAGCAUGGCAGGCGAGUGGUGCGAGCCAAUCACGUUGCGUCCCCCCAACGAGGCCACCUCGUCCACCCCGGUGCAGUAUUGGCAGCAUCACCCUGAGAAGCUCAUCUUUCAGUCCUGUGACUACGAAGCAUAUUACCUGGGCUCCAUGCUGGUGAAGGAGCUGAGAGGGACGGAGUCCACACAAGACGCUUGUGCCAAGAUGAGGAAGUCGACAGAACAGAUGAAGAAAGUGCCGACCAUCGUACUGUCUGUUUCCUACAAAGGAGUAAAGUUCAUCGACGCCACAAAUAAGAAUAUCAUAGCGGAGCACGAGAUCCGCAACAUCUCGUGUGCAGCUCAGGAUCCAGAGGAUCUGUCUACAUUUGCCUACAUCACCAAAGACCUCAAGUCCAGUCACCACUACUGCCAUGUCUUCACUGCUUUUGAUGUGAACUUGGCGUAUGAGAUCAUCCUGACGCUUGGCCAGGCCUUCGAGGUGGCCUACCAGCUGGCACUGCAGGCCAGGAAGAGCGGCCACGGAUCAUCCACGCUGCCCGAGAGCUUUGACAGCAAGCCCAGCAAACCAGUCCCCAAACCCAGAGUCAACAUCCGCAAAUCUAUGGAGCAGCCGUCCAUGGACCAGAAGGGCCACGCCAACGUGCCGUGGAUUGUCGAGCCGGGUCAGGAGGCCAAGAGAGGAGUCAACACCAAGGCAAUGCCGGACGCUCAUGUCUAUUACUGUGGAAUACAAAGAAUGUAGCCAGCCCUAAACACGGACCUUGUCACACAUACAAUGCAAAAAGGACUACAAUGGACCCUCUUGCUUUCUUUUCAAAGGACUACAAACAUGGAUGCUACUCCACAGUGUUUAAGGUUGACUACAAAAUGUUGACAUUCAUCUACAUGCUUGACACAGUAAACAUAGGACCAACACACACACACACACACUAGCAGGACUGCAUCGCGACAGACGACGGUCUGCUCUGAAUGUACACUUGUUUAAAAGCAGCCUCAACUUUCUGCAACUACCGCAGGAUCUGUUUUAUGCUCCCAACUGGGAGGCAUGACCCUUUGAACUUUUGGGAGGUCACAGCAUCUCCAUGGAGUAUGGAGUGUGAGUAUGGUAAUGGACAAUGUGCUCAUGUAAAGGCACCAGUAGGCAUGUGUCAGUGUUGGAAUGGGGAUGUGUUCGAGGACGUCUGGCUGGAUCUUGUUUAUUUUAUUUUCUUUAAAAAGGUCAGAAAAUAAUAAGAGAUAUAUGCACAAGCGUGUAAAUGUGAUUGGACUAACUGCAACACGCUCAAGAUGCAACAGGUGUUUCCUGAUGUCUUGAUGAGACGCGUUUCUCAUUGCAGAGAAUGGCAAACGUACAAAAACAAAACAGCAUCUGGCGUUUAAAAAAAAAAAAGUAUUCUAUUCGUAUUGCCCGACAUUUUAAUGUUUAAUAUGAGAGUAUUAUAUUACCAUGAUGAUUAUGAUUAUUCUUGUGCAAUUCUUGUCUACUGUUGUCUUAAUGUUACAUUAUUUUUCUAUGAUAUGCUGAGAUGAAAACCUUGGGCUUGAGAAUGAUGGCCAUCCUUUAAAAAUAAUCUGAAAAUACAUUAUCAUACUUGUACACAGGGAGUGAAUGUUGCAGGUGGCUAGCUAACUCUUGUCAGGUCAAUCCUCCAUCAUUUCUCAUGGGGCUCUACUCUUAUCUAGCAGAUGUACUAUUUUAAACGCAGUAUUACUGUAUUAUUUGGAUGAGAAGUUAUCCAGUUAUAAAAUGUACAUAGAUAUUUUGCCAACUCAUUGUUCAUACAUGUAAUGUAAAAGAGAAAAAGAAUAAAGGAUUUGCAGUACGUGGCACUGGAGAGAAGGUACCAAAAUAAAGGUUGAAGAUGAAAAAAGACUAGGUGGUAGAUUGUAGAGAUUGUAUUUUGAGUGAAAACUGAAAUGGGUGACAUCACUGCUGACCAACAUGUACAUAGGCUUGGACUUCCAGCACACUGAUUUUUGUAAUUUUGGCCAUUAUUUAUAUCCUUGUAAAGCACAUGGAAUAAAAUAUGACU